AGCUGUGGUCCCCGGCUCGGCGGUGCGGCGGCAGGACUACAGCCCCCGGCGUGCCUCGCGCGGGGCGGGGAAGGGCAGGGCGCCAUGCUGCGGCCGGCGGCGGCGGAGCGGAACAAGGGCCCCAUCCUGGCGGUGCUGCGCGAGUACGCGGGGCCCGGCGCCGUGCGGGUGCUGGAGGUGGCGGCCGGCUCGGGCCUCCACGCCGCGCACUGCGCCCGCGCCCUGCCGCGCGCGCUCUGGCAGCCCUCCGACGUGGAGCCGCAGGCCCUGCGGAGCAUCGCUGCCUUCAGGGAAGCCAUGCAGCUGCAAAACAUGCUGCCACCCAUCUACCUGGAUGCCUCGCAGAGCUGGGAGACGUGGGGUGGCAUCCAGCCUGGCACCCUGGACCUCGUCGUCAACAUCAACAUGAUGCACAUCUCGGAGCUGCGGUGCACAGAGGGCCUGUUCGAGGGAGUGGGGGUGUUGCUGAAGCCUGGAGGUGUGCUGUUCACCUACGGGCUUUGUGCCUCCUCAGCCGUAUGCUGUUGGUGGGCAGAUCAGCCCUCAGAGCAACGUGGACUUCGACUGCAGCCUGAGGCAGAGCAAUCCGGCCUGGGGCCUUCGGGACACAGAUCUGUUGCAGCAGCUGGCUGAAGCCAAUGGGAUGUGUCUGGAGAGGAUGGUGGACAUGCCUGCGAACAACAAGUGUCUUAUUUUCCGCAAGCAGUAACCUGCCAACCCUCUGCCUUCUGCUUCGCUGCGGCACUAGCGUCCCACAGUCUCGGAGUGGGAGCUUUCGUAUCUCUGUGCCACCCUCCCGGCAAGGCCGUUCCUGCGUCUCCAUCUUUGAUGCCUUCGUGAUGGUUCAAACCACCAACAGCCUGUUCUUCUGGUGCCAGGCUGGGGCUUUCCUGGCAGCCAGAAGCUGGACAGUAGCAGCAAAGGGACAGUGCCACAGUCACCCUGGGACCAGGCUGGACCUGACUGAUAUUCUCAGGGUCCAUCUCCUGUUCCUCCCUGCGGAACGGAGCAGACCAGCUCUGGCAGGGGUGAAGGGUUCAGCCAAACAGCUUGUGGUCAAGGUAGGGCUUCUGCCAGGGGCUUUAGGUGUGUAUGGGGCUGAUGGACUUGAGGCCCUCUCUCCCUCCCUGUCUCAGUGUUCCCUUCUGCCAGCCAUGGUCGCAGGCUGGGGGGGGAGGGGGGUUGAAGAGAAGGGGAAUAGGACUCACCCUGCCCUAUCAUUUUCUGAAGAAAGACAGCUUUGUUCACGCCAGCCUGUGCCAUUCCCCGCUUCCAUCCCCAGCUAUACGUUCUUUUUUGCAUCCCCUUUGCAAGGGAGGUGCCCUUUUUGUGGGCCAUAAAAGCCACCACUGCUGCCACUGAGGCCCCUUAACGUGGGCAGCCCAGCCUAGGGGACAGAGCACAGCCUGGUGUAAGGGAAACCUCUGUUUUAGUGCCUCAGUUUCCCCCUCUGUACAGCAGAGAGAAGCCAUGUGUGUCUGGGAAAGUGCUUUACCAGAGGUGUAGGGAAUCUCAUCCCCUUUCUAACACUAUGGAAGUUUGCCGGACUCUGGCUUGAGGUCUAGCUGCAGACCAGCUUCCCCAGGCCUGGCUGCUGCAAGUUGCCCCCUUCCACCUGGAGCCAGUUACCAGCAGGGCAUCUUCCUCCAUCUCCCCAUUUCCCAGCACUGAGGCUUAGGGGGGCCCUUCAGUACCCUUGCCCUAAAUCCCUGCACCCAGUGCGUUGCAUGGCCAUGUUACAGCAUUGAAGGGAGGUGAAAAGCUUGCUCCAGGAGAGCCUGGGUUGUAUUACACGGGGCUUGGAAACUUUGGUGCUGUGGGAAGGUUGCGGGGGCUGGAAGACCUCUCACCCCUCUCCAACCUAACCCAGUCUUUUAUUGAUAGUAUCUGGGCUGGAAGGGUACACAGGGAGGGCACACAGACAGAUAAAUUACAAGGGAGAUGGGCUGGGCCAGAGCUCAGCGCAAGAGAGGGAAUUACAAAAUAAUGAUAAUAAUUACUAAAUAAAAACACUGGUUUGUGGGA